AUGCAUAGUAUUGCUCCAGACGUUGAGAAGCGCGCAGGCGCGGAAGAAAACACUCUGUUCAAACCCCAGACCGACACGGCCGCCACGAUAAGCGAGGAAUCCAGCGCCUCGGGCCCGUAUGCGAAGCUCCAGCGGCUCGCGUCGCGAUGGCAUGUCGAGAAGCGAGGCAUCGAGCGCGUGCCCGAGGAGGAGCGAAAUGACAACUCGUACCUCAACAUCGGCUCCAUGUGGCUCGCGGCCAACCUGGUUGUUCCAUCCUUGACCAUAGGUGUUCUUGGGACGCCGCUGUUUGGUCUCGGAUUCGUCGACUCGGCUCUCGUCAUCAUCUUUUUCAAUGCUCUCGGCACCCUGACCGUCUGCCUUUUCUCGACAUUUGGCCCUGCCUUUGGACUUCGCCAGAUGGUGCUCUCGAGAUUUUGGUUCGGAUGGUGGGGGGUAAAGUUGAUUGCGCUCUUCAAUUUGCUCGCCGGCAUAGGUUGGUCGGCCGCAAACAUCAUUGUGGGUGCGCAGCUCAUCAACGCCGCCAGCCGCAACACUGUUCCCGGUUGGGCGGGGAUUCUGAUCAUCGCCUUCUGCACUCUCGUUGUGGUCUUCUUCGGGUACAAAGUCGUCCAUCUCUAUGAGUACUGGAGCUGGAUCCCGACCUUCAUCAUCUUUCUUGUUCUCCUCGGGGUCUUUGCCCACACAGGCGACUUCAGAAACGUUCCCAUGGGCUCUGGAACGGCAGAGAUUGGAAAGGUGCUUUCUUAUGGCUCUACCGUGUUUGGCUUUGGUACUGGGUAUACCUCACUCGCGGCAGACUAUACCGUGUACCAGCCGAGCAACCGACCCCGACGUAAGGUGUUUUUGGCCACCUGGCUGGGCAUCUUCCCGACACUGCUGUUCACGGAACUCCUGGGUGCUGCCAUCGCCACCGCGACGACCAUCAACGGGGGUGUCAAUUCGUAUCAACAGGGGUACGAGGAGUCGGGCGUCGGUGGGCUUCUCGCCGCGGUUCUGUUCCCUCACGUCGGUCGUUUCGGACAGUUCUGUCUCGUGGUCCUAGCCUUGUCCAUUGUCGCAAACAACUGCCCCAACAUCUACUCCGUGGCGUUGACUCUCAUGGUCAUGGGUCGGUGGACGACGAAAGUGCCAAGGUUCAUCUGGACCAUUGUUGCUUCUGCCGUCUACGUCGGCAUCGCCAUCCCCGGAUACACCAACUUCGAGGCCGUCCUGGAGAAUUUCAUGCACUUCAUCGGAUACUGGCUGGCCAUCUAUGAGGGUGUUGCGCUGACCGACCACUUCGCGUUCAAGAGAGGCUUCUCGGGGUACAACCCGGAGUACUGGGACCAGCGAGACAAGCUCCCCCUGGGCAUCAGCGCACUCGUGGCGUUCCUCUUGGGAAUCGCCGGCAUGAUCAUCGGGAUGAGCCAAACGUGGUGGGUCGGUCCUGCUGCAAAGGGAGCUCAUGGCGGCGACUUGGGAUUUGAGCUGGGAUUUGCAUUCUCUGCUCUGUCCUAUGCCGCCAUGAGGCCCUUUGAGCUCAAGGCAUUCGGAAGGUGA